CGUUCAUUCAUAUUUGGCAGUGAACCACAACAUCCUUUCUGCCCUGUUUGGUAAUCGAGAACCAUAACUCGGCUGACCAUGCCAGGAAUUCUGCUCGGAGACGUAUUUCCCAAUUUCGAGGCGGACACCACCGCCGGGCGGAUCAAGUUCCACGAUUUUUUAGGAAACUCAUGGGGGAUCCUGUUUUCCCACCCGAGGGACUUCACACCUGUCUGCACCACAGAGUUGGCCUGUGCGGCCAAGAUCGAAAACGAGUUCAAGAAGCGAGGCGUCAAGAUGAUUGCCUUGUCUAUUGACAGUGUUGAGGACCACAAACAUUGGAGCAAGGACGUGAUGGCGUUCAACGAUGAUGCUGGGAGCCCUCUGCCUUUCCCCAUUAUUGCUGAUGAUAACAGAGAGCUGUCGGUCCAGCUGGGCAUGCUGGACCCUGAUGAAAAGGACAAAGACGGCCUUCCUCUCACUGCUCGCUGCGUCUUUGUGGUUGGUCCAGACAAGAAGCUGAAGCUGUCCAUCCUGUACCCCGCCACCACAGGGAGGAACUUUGAUGAGAUACUCAGAGUCAUCGAUUCUCUGCAGCUGACUGCACAGAAGAAAGUCGCCACGCCUGUUGACUGGAAGCCAGGUGAUAAAGUCAUGGUCAUCCCCUCUCUCUCUGAUGCUGAAGCUGCUUCCCUGUUCCCCCACGGCGUGACAACCAAAGAUCUUCCUUCUGGAAAGAACUACCUGCGUUACACUCAGCCCUGAACACCUGCGGCUCUGGUGGAACCUCCGAUGCUCGCAACCAAUCUCAUUCUAUGAUUUGGUGUUUCAUAUUGCUAUUAAGCACACUGUCGCUGUGAAGUGCCUUGUUUACCUAAAAUAAACCCACUUUUCACAGACGCA